ACUUCAGGCAUCGCGACGGCAGCGACUCGUCGCCUUGUUGUCAACCUGCAUCGAUGUUUGGAGGAGAGAACUGGCCGUUUGGAAGAGAUGCAGGCUUGUCUUGAGGACUGCGAAGUUGAGCUGGAGUCAACCACAAGGCGUUUAAAUGAACUCAAGGAAGCAAACUCUAAGCUCCUGUAUCAGAAAGCUUAA